AUGUUUGAUCUACAAUCUUCAACUAUUUUGAUAGCUAUAUUUUUGGUUCUUGUAACCAAGCAUAUUGUGAACUUGAUUGGUAAGUCAAACAUCCAGAACCAGGCAUGGAACGUCUACACUCAAGUGGCUUCUAAAGCAGGUCACCCCAAGUUUGCUGAAUUGUCAGCGAAGAGAAAGCAAUUGCUUGAAAUCAACAAGGAGAGAAAAUCCAUAAGUGCACAGGAUCAGUAUGCUAAGUGGACCAAGUUAAAUCGUCAGUUUGAUACUGUUUCGGCUGAAGUCAAAGCCUUGGGUGACCAAAUGUCGGUGGAGAAGGCUUUAUUCUCUAAAUACGUUGGUUAUGCGAUUACUGCCGUCACAACGGCUCCUAUCUGGUUUUCACGUUAUAAGUACCGCAAAAAUGUGUUAUUCUAUUUCCCACCAGGUGUGCUUCCUUCUAAAGUUGAGUGGUUUUUAGCCCUUCCAUUCAUGAAAAGUGGAGCUGUGGGUUUAACCAUUUGGAUGUUCGCUGUGAAUUCGGUAUUGUCUUCGGUGGAGUCACUCGUUAGAUUCAUUUUAAUGCCUCGGGUAGAGAAGCCCGUCAGACCUCCUCCAAAGGUCUCCGAAGUUGAAGAGGUGAACCAAACGUUCCAAGUGCCUGUGGAUUUGGACUAA